AUCAUGUUCUAACCACGGUAAUACACCCCGUAGUGGACCUUCUAACUACUGCAAGUCACCCAAACCUUGAGCCGCCAAGGAUGUCAAAUAGUCGGCCGUGAAAUUAGAUUCCCGAUAUGGUUGAGCUCCUCCUCCCAAUCACAAUUUAACAACUCUCUAAUCCCAUAUAUUACACCAAUCUAACUAAAUCACCAAUCUAUCAUCAUCACUGUUACUAUAAUUUAACGAGCAAAUUAAAUCAAUUAAUCAAUAUUGAUAAUAAUGGAUAUGGUGAGAUAAUAUCUAAAAGAGGAAAAAAAAAGACCCCAUCAUUUUCCUUCAUAAUCCAUGCCCUUUAAAUCAAUCUCUUCACCUCAACCUCAACCACAUAAUUGACCCAAUUUCUUUCUCAAUUAUUCAACAGUACGUACUCAAAUACUUACAAUGUCCAAAAACAGAAUCUCACUCAUCUUCUUACAACUUUUCUUGAUAUUUCUACCAAACUCAGCCUAUGCAACAUCAUGCAAAUGUGAACCUCAAAUCUUCGACAAAACCAAAAACGAUGCUGCCCUCCAGUUCAAAAUCAUCGGAAUGGUGUCCAUCCUAGUUGCGAGCUCAAUCGGAGUUUGCAUCCCGAUAAUUCUCAAGAAUGUGAGAGCUUUGCAACCCGAAACCGGCCUACAUUUCCUAGUUAAGGCCUUUGCAGCCGGGGUGAUCUUAGCAACCGGGUUCAUUCACAUUCUUCCCGAUGCUUUCGAGAGCUUCACGAGUCCAUGCUUCGGGGAAAACCCGUGGGGCGGGUUUCCUCUUGCGGGUUUUAUCGCUAUGAUGGCCGCCAUUGUGACGCUGAUGAUGGAAGCGCUUGUGGCUGGAUACCAUAGAAGAGCUGAGCUGAUGAAGGCACAGCCAGUGAAUAUUGGUGAUGAUGUUGAAGAGGAAGCUGAUAAUGACGGUAAUAAUCAUUCAGUGACUGUUGCUGUUGAUCAUCAUCAUGUGAAUAACGGUCCCGAAAUUUUGUUGGAAAGGUCCAACUUGUCAAAUCGUGUCAAUAAUCGCAUCACAUCUCAGGUUUUGGAACUGGGAAUUGUGGUUCAUUCGAUGGUAAUAGGGAUGACAAUGGGCGCAACACAAAAUCCCAAAAUAAUCAAACCCUUGGUUGCAGCUUUGAGUUUCCAUCAAUUUUUUGAGGGCAUCGGACUUGGUGGAUGUAUUUCUCAGGCAAACUUCAAGGGCCGAGGCAAAGCAAUCAUGGUAUUGUUUUUCUCUUUGACGACUCCAUCUGGAAUUGGAAUUGGGAUAUUGAUAGGGAAGAAAUACAGUGGGCACAGCCCAACAACACUGCUUGUUGAAGGGAUUCUGAAUUCGAUAUCAGCUGGGAUUUUGAUUUACAUGGCCCUAGUUGAUCUUCUUGCAGCUGAUUUCAUGAACCCUAAACUCCAAACCAACUUUAGGCUCCAACUUGGGGCCAAUUUUGCACUUCUCCUUGGCGCUUCUUGCAUGUCUUUGAUGGCCAAAUGGGCUAAUUCUUAGUAGUUUUUUUAAUAAAUUAGCUAGUCAAAAUUAUUACUGUUUUAUAUAUUAUUAUGUGUAUUUUCCCGUACGAGAAGUACGUGGCGUGUGCUAAGCGGAUACAUUCAUUCUCUCUUCAUUUGUGUUGCUGUACUAGUUUUGUAGGAGUAUUUUU